UCUAAUGUCAUCUGUCUUUUGUCAAGUCAAACAUUUUCAAAAUAGCGGUUUUAAACUUUAGAUCAAUUUCGAAAGAAAUACGUGCAAAAUGAAAACUAUUUCGACGAAUAAUGAAGAACAUAGCAGGAUCCUUUCUGGUUUAAUUCAGCGAGAGCAACAUGAAGGCGUCGCUACGGCGGCACUUACAUCGGAGAUCCUGUCGAAACUCAACAUAUCCAUCGAUGCUUUGCCGCCAAAAUGCCAGCAGCUCCUCAAACAAGCAGCCGAAGCACAGCAAGCAAUGGACAUCAACCAGCUAGAUCCCAUCGCCAUAUCAUUACACCAAACUAAAGAAAUGUCUCAAAAACUAGAGGAUGAAUACGAGAUUUUAAAACUUAAACAGAAAAACGUUGAGCUGCAAGCAAAAAUCGACCGUAAUAACAAGUUUUUGGAGGAACUGAGGAAAGAAUUGCAAAAUUCUCGGGAUUCGUUGGCGAGCCAGAAUCCGAAUCCUGAUAACAUUCAAGAGCAAAUUAGACAGUUGAAGCAGAAGGUGGCUUCUUAUGAAGACAGCUGUGUGAAGGCUAAUUCGAAGUUCUCAAAGCUGUCAGUGCCGGACGCCAUCUUGCCGACAUCCCUCUCGGCGCUCGUGACGUCACUGGUCGCGUUGAGGGAAGAAGCGGCUUCGUUGAAACUUCGAGCUGAUGAUGUAGAAUUGGCCAGAGAAGCUAGGGACACUUUUAUUAGGUUACGAAGAUAGAUUUUUUGUAUGAAGAAGGUAUUUAAGAAUUAUUUAGAAAAUAAAACACUACUCUUAGGGGAAGUUCAUAUAUUACUUGAGUAUAUCAAUGGGAAGGAGUCAAAUGUAAUCUCGUGGGGGAAUAAAAUAUACUUACUCAGCAUUGUUCUUCAAUAUGAACGUAUGUGCGAUGAAGUUGCUAUCUUAAUACUAUGUAUUUUUAUUGUAAGAUUCAAUUUAUAGUUAAUUACGAAUUAAAAGUAUCAUUUUCUCAAAUAGUUUAUUUUAAUUCAACUGAACUUCACUCUGACGAUUUGGAUCGAAAUAAUGUCUGGUCUAGGCACAGGGUUGCAUAAAUAACACAAGCAGACAAUUUUCAUAAUAUUUAUUGUAUUCGUUCGUUCCUCUCGAAGAAGUACAACCUCAGUCUAGCAAUAAUUCGACUUACAAUCAACGCCCCACAACACAACUUGCCUCAAGAGCCUCGAGGCUUCACAAACUUACAAUUAAACAUAACGAGAUAUUUUAUGGAUAAAUUGCUGACAUACAAAACUGAAAUAUUAACCCACACUUCCACAUAACGGAUCACUCACAAUCACUAUCUACGCAGGACAGCAGUCAUCGAAUUCAGUGUCAAUUCCCGAUUUUUAGCUUGGCAAUUUAUCGAUAAAAUCCCUCAACCUGACUAUGUACAAGGUAUAAGAACUUACGCUAAAUGUAAAAGCUGUCGACAUUAAGCAGAUUAAGUAGGACAAUUAAACUUGUAUAUUUUAUCAUGAUUUGAAUACGCUUGGUAAGCAGAUCGAAACUUGUAUCACUAUCAAGAAUUUUAUUUUAACUUCUAAAAUUACAAUUACAGUCGCAAAGCUAUCUAAAAGUAAGAAUAAUAUCGAUAUGUUUAUUAUGGCGAAUGCAGAUAAAAUAGUUCUACUUUAAAA